AUUGAAAAACAGGUGAUUUUUAUAAACAAAACCUCAAAUUUUUAAUUUGUUUUCAUUUAUUUUGCGGUAUUGCUAGAAAUACACCCAUACAUAUUGUUAAAAUUAUUACGAAUUGUUUGUAAAAUGUCUCAAAAGGGAGUACAGUUUUUAAAACAAGUUUCAGAAUAUAUGGCGAAGACCAAAGGGUUUGAUAAAGUUACAAAUAAGAUAAAAAUUAUUGGGGGAGGCGAUGGAAAAUGUAGUGCCCAAUUCACAGUAUCAGAAGAACAUUUGAAUCGAGGUGGUGGUUUGCAUGGAGGAUUUACAGCAACUUUAAUUGACAAUAUAACUACGUAUGCACUGAUGACAGCUGAAAGUCAUCCCGGAGUUUCUGUCGAUUUGUAUGUUUCUUACCUUAAGGCUGCUAAAGAAGGUGAUGAAGUUAUUGUAGAGGCAAAAACCAUAAAAAAAGGAAAAUCUUUAGCUUUUCUUGAGUGUGAAUUAAGACAUAAAAAGGACGGGUCUAUAAUAGCUAAGGGAGGUCAAACAAAAUAUGUAAAUUUUUCAUAAAUUUAGUAAAUGUUAAAAUUAUUAAAUGUUAAAUUAAUGUUAAUCAAAAACAACAUAAAAAUAAUGAACUUUUAUUUAAAUUUUUGCUUUUAAAAAAUA